AUGCGCGCCUCUUCUAUCUCCGCGCUGGCAUGUUUUGUCUCGUUCGCGGCAGCCCAGACCUUCCAGCGGUUGGGUGGUUGCCCUGACUUGGGAUGUAUCUUCCCACCUGAUCAGGUCGACUUCCUAGCGGGUCAGUACUUCGACAUCCGUCUCGAAGUACACUCCCCCGUCAAUGGGUCUGAAGCUCGUGUUGGAUCGCCAGACGAGAACUUCACCUUCACCAUCGCCAAGAAGGGCAAUGGAAAGGAGAAGGGUAAAUCUGCUGUCACUGCAGCAAAGUACUUCAAGAUUGAUGAACCCCAGUUGGAAAAGUGGAACUUCACAUGGUAUGAAGAUCUAUUCGCACAGGACGCAGACACGCCUUCCCUUGUCAAUGUGACCUCGAAAAUCUACAGGAGAAUCGCCCUUUAUGAGCCCGGCGAAUACGAGGCUACUCUGACCUACUACGGAAAGCAGAAGACAGUCGCCAACUGGUUUGUUCGUGAUCUUCCUACCAAGAGACGCGCGAAGAACGUCGUUAUGUUCAUCGGAGACGGCAUGACCACCAACAUGAUUACUGCAGCACGUCUCAUUGCCCACCGCAGUAUCAACGGCAAAUACAUGACAAAGAUGGCAUUGGACAAGUUCCCUGUGCUGGGUCACCAGAUGACACACUCCAUGGACUCUUUCAUUACUGAUUCGGCCAACUCCGCAACGGCCCUUUACACCGGUCACAAGACUACCGUCAAUGCUUUGGGUGUCUAUGUGGACUCCUCCAGCGACGCUUUCGAUGACCCGAAAUUCGAGACAAUCGCAGAGAUCUUCCGUCGCCAGCACCCCGGUUCCGGUAUUGGCAUUGUGUCAACUGCCUUUUUGGCAGAUGCUACUCCUGCCGGUCUUGCUGCUCACACUAGCGACCGUGGCGAAUACGACCAUGUCAUCGGCUCAUACUACGAAGGUCUGACCAAGUACGAGUGGACAAACUGGGAUGGUCCCGAUGUGCUCCUUGGUGCCGGUGCAGAGGAUUUCCUCGAGAGCGAGGAAACGCGUGACUACUACAAGCUGUUCGCCGAGAAGGGUUACAACGUAGCCUGGAACAACACAGCGCUGCACAGCGCCCCAAGCAACGAGAAGCUGCUGGGUGUUUUCCAGAAAUCCAAUCUCGCUACUUGGCUCGAUCGCAACGUCUACCAGUCCAACCUCUACAACCAGAGCAACUACCCCGACGGUUCAGACCGCGACGCUGAUGAUCUCCCCGGACUCAAGGACAUGACCCUCAAGGCAAUCGACGUGCUCCACAAGCGACACCGCAAGGAUGGUUGGUUCCUGAUGGCCGAGGCCGCCAGCAUCGACAAGCAGAUGCACACUCUGGACUAUGACCGGUCCCUAGGCGAGCUGCUCGAGCUCGACGAUACCGUGCGCGCAACAAUCGAGAAACUCGAGAAGCUUGGCCAGCUCGAAGACACCCUCAUCAUCGUCACAGCUGACCACGGCCACGGUUUCGACGUGACCGGAUCCGUCGACACGCAGUACAUGGAGGCGCAGGAGGACGACCGCAGCAAGCGCAAUGCGGUCGGAUACUAUGAGAACUCCGGCUUGUCGCAAUACACCGUCGCCGGAUCCAAUGCCUUGCGGUACUCCGAAGGCGUCCACUUCCCUGCCCAAUGGGACCCCCGAUACACCCUGCAAGCGGGUGUUGUUACUUUCCCUGAUCACCGCGAGGAUUACCGGGUUCACAGCGAGGGUCCCCGUACUCCUGCUACAAAGGACACGAAGAAGGGAUACGUUGCCAACUACAAGGAUGCCGUGAGUGGCUUCAUGGUCAAUGGAACUCUUCCCCUUGAUGCAGGACAGGGAGUCCACUCUUUGACGGAUGUGCCAGUCUUUGCCCGUGGCCCGUGUCAGGAGCUGUUUGGAGGUGUUUACAGCUCGAUUGACAUAUUUUUCAACAUGGCGGAAUGCCUGGGCUUGUCAGAGGCGAAGCACAGUGGCAAGCCUCCCCACGGUGGAAAGCACAAUUAG